AUGGGCUGCAUCCUGACCAAAGUCUGUCUGGACGAAGACCUGCUGAUGCUGGGAGAUUCACCGCCCUACGAGAACCAGCAGGACGAGUCAGCCACGCCGCAGUCUCGACGCUUCUCGCGUGCCAAGACGACGCUGUUAGUUGUAGAACCAAGCGAUGUCUUGGAGCUGCAGAAAUCGACGCCCAAGAAGCAGAAUCAGACGGAGAAGGAGCCGACAGACUCAGACGCUGAACUUCCGAGUGUUCUCGUAUACGGUGGAGGCGUCCCGGGCGUCGCUUUAGACGACGAUAGAGUAGAGUUACCAGAGUUUACAAGCGUCCGAGAGGGAGGGUACAGGUCUAGCAACGGGCGAUUACGAUGGGGUACGCGCUCCAGAGCAGGCAACGACCCAUUGCGACGUCGUAAGGAGAAUCAGGACGCAUUGUGUGUCUGUGACGCUCUGGCUGGAGACUCAGACGCCACUUUCUUCUCGAUAUUCGACGGCCACGGAUCUCAGGGAGCUUUUGUGAGUCAUUUUGUAAGGGAACAGUACUAUCGAGCAGUGGCCGAGGCGUAUACAGAGCUGAUUCCUCGAGCCUCUCACGCUAAUGGCAAUGGAGCGAGUGUAAUAACCAGAAAAGCGAGCGUCACGUGCGACGUUGUAGCUGAGAUUUUCCAGCGAGCGGCCCCGGCGGUCGUGGACGCGUUGGAAGCUAGCGCCAUUGACAUCAGUGUGAGCGGCACCACAGCUGUAGCCAUGCUAGUGCGUAAGACGGACGUAUUUAUUGCCAAUAUUGGAGACAGUCGAGCUGUAGUGGCGAGGUACUCAGAGGAGGAUCAGCGGUAUGAACUGCACUGCGAGACGAAAGACCAUAAGCCGGAUGUACCAGAGGAAUGCGCUCGCAUUGAGCGGAAUAAUGGACGCGUGUUUGAGUGGGGAUCCUAUCGAGUCUGGCUGCAGGAUGUAGAUAUGCCUGGAUUGGCCAUGUCGCGCUCGUUCGGUGACUCUGUGGCUAAGACUGUAGGCGUGACAGCGGAGCCUGAUGUUACUACAGUGGAGAAGCUCAAAUUCAGCAGCGUAGACAAGAAGAAUGGAGAGAGGCCGUCUGCAUUUGCAAUACUCGCCAGUGAUGGCAUUUGGGAAUUCAUGACGACAGACGAGUGCAUCGAUUUUGUAGCUGCGUGCAUUGUUGACUCGGGGAUGGCGCCGCAAGAGGCAUGUACAGCGCUUGUAGAGGAAGCGCGCGAUCGAUGGGACGCAGAAGAAGACGUGAUUGACGAUAUCACUGCAGCUGUUGUCUUCUUCUGA